AACAGCUCACUUCUGAGGUUCAAAGCAGUAAAGAGACCCCUCAAAACUUCUUGCUUAGGGCAAUGGACUUAAGACAAAAAAUCCUGUUUGCUUCUCAGGAAGCUGAUUCAAGUCUAAAAUAUGACCCGGUACUAGUUCAGAGUCUGUUUAUGCAUACAGUUCUAACUGGCCUUCAGAGUGACAAUAUUAAAGGUGACCUGCAGCCCUACCUCCUCCAGACAGAUACCUCAGAUGAGCUGCUGUUGGAGAAACUGAACAUUUCACAUGCCAAUGAAAAAGAGAGACAGGACAAAAAGAAACACUCUGCCCCAUCACGUGUAACUAAUGUGAAUACAGUCCAGUCAAGUGAAGCUCUGGUGGAAAAGAAAAGUGCCGCCUCACAAAGCCCAGCUUCACUUCCCCCUGAUCUGCUCGCUGAAAUAAAAGAAAUGCGCUCUGACAUAGUGCUAUUGAAAGACUUGAAAGCUGAGAUCUGUCAAAUCAGGGAAACAAUCCAAAGACCCGCCCCUGCACUGCCACAGUACCUUCCACCAAGCAGAGAACCAGCAACUGUGCCCUCUCCUUACCCAGUAUUCUCACCCCCCCAAUCCUCACCUUAUCAGACUGAGUCAAAUGAAAUGCCAUAUUUCCACCAGCAGUCACCAGCAGCAGUGCAGGAGUAUCGACCAACAUUCGGGCCUGGACGGAUGAGAGAGACGGCCCAGUUCCAGCAGAGGUUUGCACCGCAGAGGUUUUACCCAGCGCGACGCCCUCAGCCAAAAUGUCCCUCAUGUACUCAAGCAGGGAGCUCAACAAGAAAACCCAUCCAGAUCGCCACCCCAUCCCCAGAGUACAGGACAUUAUGGACACCCUGGGAGGGAACACCCUCUUUUCACUGCUGGAUCAGGGUAAGGCGUACCACCAGGGAUUCAUGGCAAAGGGAAGUAGACAUUUGACAGCUUUUGUUACCCCAUGGGGCCUAUAUGAGUGGGUUCGGAUCCCGUUUGGACUCAUGAAUGCUCCUGCCGUAUUCCAACGUUGCAUGGAACAAUGCUUAGAAGGCUUAAGAGAUGAAAUAUGUGUGCCAUAUCUCGAUGAUGUUCUUGUGUUUAGCAGAACGUUUGAGGAUCAUGUCAGUGACGUCAGAAAGGUGUUGCAACGCUUGAGAGAGCAUGGGAUAAAACUGAAACCCAGGAAAUGUGACCUGUUUAAGACAGAAGUGCGAUACCUUGGGAGAAUUGUGUCUGCUGAGGGAAACAGAAUGGACCCUGCUGAUACUGUUGCGGUAAGAGCCCUGAAAGACAAGCAACCAGGUACUGUUGGCGAGUUGAGAGCCAUUUUAGGACUGUUGAGUUAUUACCGGCAGUAUAUCAAGGAUUUUUCACGUAUUGCCAGCCCCUUGUAUGAUUUGCUCAAAGCACCUGUCGAGACUGAGACCCUGAAAGAUAAAAAGAGAAAGUGGCAAACAAAACGAAACAGUAGAGGAGUUCCGUCCAACACACCCAUUGAGUGGGCUAAUGUGCAUCAGAUCAUAUUGGAACGGUUGAUAGACUGCCUCAUUCAGCCACCUGUUCUGGGUUUCCCAGAAUUUUCCCAGCCAUUCACCCUCCAUACUGAUGCUUCCAAUCAGGGGUUAGGGGCGGUAUUAUAUCAAAGACAGAAUGGAAAGCUACGUGUGAUUGCUUAUGGCUCGCGUACUUUGACUGCAGCAGAGAAGAAUUAUCAUUUGCACUCAGGCAAGUUAGAGUUUCUAGCCCUAAAGUGGGCGAUCACAGAGAAAUUUCGUGACUACUUAUACUAUGCACCAUUCUUCACCGUCUACAGUGACAAUAAUCCACUCACCUAUGUGCUGUCCACUGCUAAACUGAAUGCGACAGGUUGUCGCUGGGUAGCGGAGCUGGCCGAUUUCCAUUUCACAAUAAAAUACCGCCCUGGUAAAGAAAAUAUUGAUGCAGACAGUUUGUCCAGAAUGCCUUUGGAUGAAGAGACGUUUAUGAAAGA